GCGCCUGCCCGCGGGCCGCGAGCCUGAGCCCGGCUUUUCCAAAGGCCCGGGAGCGCGGCGAGGACGCCGGGACCGGAAGCAGCGUGGGAUGCGGCUGACGCGGACGCGCCUGUGCUCGCUGCUCGUCGCCCUGUACUGCCUCUUCUCCAUCUACGCAGCCUACCACGUCUUCUUCGGGCGCCGUCGCCGGGCGCCGGUCGGGACCCCCCGGGGCUCCAGGAAAGCGGGGUCGCAGGCGAAGGAGAGGCGCGGCAGAGAGCAGUCUGUCCUGGAGAGUGAAGAAUGGAAUCCGUGGGAAGGAGAUGAAAAAAGCGAGCAGCAACAAAGAAUUAAAAGUGGCCUGCAGAUAUUAAAUAAACCCACCAAAGAAAAACUAGAGCACCGAGUACAGAUCUGGGGCAAAGCUGCCAUUGGUCUGUAUCUCUGGGAACACAUUUUUGAAGGCACUCUUGAUCCCGCUGAUGUGACUGCUCAAUGGAGGGAAGGACAGUCAGUUGUAGGAAGAACACAUUACAGUUUCAUCACUGGCCCAGCUGUAGUUCCAGGCUACUUCUCCAUAGAUGUGGACAAUGUGGUACUUGUUUUAAAUGGAAGAGAAAAAACAAAGAUCUUCCACGCCACCCAGUGGUUACUUUACACACAGAACUUAAUGCAAACCCAAAAACUGCAGCAUCUGGCUGUUGUUUUGCUGGGAAAUGAGCAGUGUGAUAAUGACUGGAUAAUGCAGUUCCUCAAAAGAAACGGAGGCUUUGUGGACCUGCUUUUCAUAACAUACGACAGCCCCUGGAUUAACGGUGCAGAUGUUCUCCAGUGGCCUUUAGGUGUAGCAACAUACAGGAAGUUUCCUGUGGUUGAAGCCAGCUGGUCGUUGCUCCAUGAUGAGAGGCCCUAUGUAUGUAAUUUCUUAGGAACUAUCUAUGAAAAUUCAUCAAGACAAGCACUGAUGAACAUUUUGAAACAAGAUGGAAGUGAUCAACUUUGUUGGGUUUCUGCAAGGGAGCAGUGGCAGCCUCAGGAGACAAAUGAAAGUCUUAAGAAUUACCAGGAUGCUUUGCUUCAGAGUGACCUCACAUUGUGUCCUGUAGGAGUGAACACAGAAUGUUAUAGAAUAUAUGAGGCCUGCUCCUUUGGUUCCAUCCCUGUGGUAGAAGAUGUCAUGACAGCUGGCCACUGUGGAAACACAUCCAGUCACCACAGCGCCCCUCUGCAGCUGCUCAAAGCCAUGGGUGCUCCCUUUAUCUUCAUCAAGAACUGGAAGGAGCUUCCUGCUAUUUUAGAAAAGGAGAAGACUAUAAUUUUACAAGAAAAAGUUCAAAGAAGGAAAAUGCUACUUCAGUGGUACCAACACUUCAAAGCAGAGCUGAAGCGGAAAUUUAUUAAUACUUUAGAAAAUUCUUUUUUUAUGAAUAAUAAAGGUUAAUCAUAUCUAAGUGUGUGCUUAUAAGUGUGUAUAUUUAUAGUGUUUGCUAAGCUUCAUCAACUUCUGUUUUAUAUACCAGACCAAAUGUUCUCCUUUUUGACUAUUACGUACAAGAUAAAAAAGAUGGUAAAAUUUUACCCAGAUUGCCCUGGCAAGAUGGUUGAGUGGGUAAAGGUGCUUCUUGCCAAGCCUGGUGACCUAAAUUCAGUCCCCAGAACCACAUGAUAGGAGAGAAAUGAGUCUCACAGGCUGCCUUGUGACCUCCACCAGCAUGCAAACACAUCAAAUAACUUACUUAGGUUCAGUUCUACCAAGAUAAAUAACUCAGUAUUUACCAAUUUUUCUCUCAUCUUUAGCCCACGUUAGGGGCCGUAGUGUUGCCUGGUGGUUAAGAGUGUUUAUUACUCUUGCAUAUAAGCUCAGUUUGGUACCCAGCAACCAUAUCAGGCUUUCAACCAUCUGUAAGUAUUGCUCCAUAUGUCCUGAUACAUGUCCUCAAGGACACCUGCACACAAGUGCACAUAAUGCAUGAAAUAAAAGAACAUGCAGUAUUAUUUACUAGGACUGGCAUGUGAAUGUAAGGGUAUGAGGAUAGAUGCUGACUAAGUUACAAAAUUACAGUGAUCAAUGAAUUCAACAGCUCUAUUGUACAAAAUGGUGAUUAUUGUAAUAAUAAAUUUGAAGACUGCCUGAGUGGGUGCUAUGUGUACUCAUAAAAUGUAUUAACUCUGAGGUAAUGUAGAUGUUAAUUAGCAAGGUGUGGUCAGUUCACAAUGUAUAUGUCCCCAAAGCAUUGCACUUGAUAAACACAUUCAAUUUUAUCUGCCAGUAUUAGAAAUAAUUAGUUCACUCUAGGGAAUCAGCAUUGUAUAUCAAAAGACUGGGUAUUGCAGUCAGAAAAACAUUAAGAACUACAGUUUCCAUGGGGAUUUUGCCCAAGCCAACUGUUCAUGCUGUGUCUUGUUUUUUUUUCCAGGUGAAAAGUAUUUGCUCCCUUGCUAUUGGGAUAAAGCACCUGGCAGCUUUUUUCAGUUACACAGGCCCCAUGUGGUAGUUAAUGAGUUAACACUGUCCGAUGUGACCACUGAAGAAUGGAGCCACUCCAUCUCCAUCCAAAGUACCAAGAUUGCCUAGGAUGAGCCUAGAGUAAUUGUCCAGGUAGCUGGUAAGUCUCUCAUUCAGUACAGAGGCCCUUUGGUUUAUACUUCCUCUUUAAAUUUAUUCUCAGAUCUCUGGCCCAUGUUGAUGGCUAACUGUAGCUUCUUCUAUUUAAUAGCAGCUGCCUGGUUAGUUCAUUUCCAAUGUGAAAAUCAGGCCUUGCUGCUUCUAGAGCUGUUAGGUGAAAGAAACAGACACAAAAACAGGUUUCAGUGUGACUUUUUACUAUUUAUUUAGAGGAGCUUGCUUUGUAGUGACUGCUCUCAGAAAUCGCCAUUUGUGUCUCGCGAUAAAUGAUUGGAUGGGAAAAAAAUAUCCAAGCAUAUGUGUUAAAAAAAAAA